AUGCAUAUAGAGCACACCGCAUUCGUCGUUUUCGGCCAUGGCGACAAGUCUUCAAUCCAGGAGCACCUUAGAUGCGCUCUUAUAUGGCUGACGUAUCCUAAAUCAGAUCUUAGCAGUAUCCCACAUAUUAACGUCAAAAGUGAAUCCAAAGAAAGUAAGUCUGACGAUGAGGGCUGGACUGUGCGUAUAGUUAAUACCGAACCUGAGAAGAUAUUUGAACAAAGUUCCAUGAAGCCCAAGAUCAAGAAAAUCAACAAGUUCCCUGUGAAACUACAUGCUCAGAGGGACGAUCUUAAAAAGAUUGCCAUGAAAAUCAAUCAAUUUGGGCCAAUCAAAAUCUUUUUUAGAGAUAACAAUAUAAUUACCAAAGGUAGAGAUAAGAUCAAAUUUUCUAAACCUGAUAAGAACCCUGCGUCUACUUCGGAGGAAACCGAUUUGCUGUCUUUAAAUGUCGAGCCUCCGAAUAGUCACGGCGGGACGUUGGAACAACACCGACAGAAUAUACAGGAAAUACUGUUAUAUUCGAACGCAACUCCGAUUAAUCGGGGAGGUCUCAGUUACUCGUGCUGUUUUUGCCUUGAAAGAUACACCACCCCGCAAGACCUGAAAAAACACAACCUAGACUCGCACACUGACGAAGACAAAAAAUAUUUCAUGGAGACACGAUUAAUGUCCACUUUCAUUGUCAAACUGGAUAUUACUUCUUUACAGUGCAAGCCGUGUGGAAUUCCUAUAGAUGUACUAGAAGACCUCAUGCAACAUUUGUAUAAAGUCCACAAGAGACCAAUUCACUUUGAUAUUAAAAACCACAUCAUACCUUAUAAAUUUGUGGACGACACCAUAAGGUGCGUUAUAUGCCAAAAUAUUUAUCACUCUUUUAAAAAGUUACAAGAACAUAUGCAUAGUCAUUACAGCAACUACGCUUGCAAUUACUGUGAAGCUGGUUUCGUCAACCAGGCAAUGUUAGCAGCCCACAUCAGAACGCAUAAGGAAUCGAUGAGCCCUGCGAUCUUCAAAUGUGAGUUAUGCCCCAAAGCGUUCCCAACGUCUCUCCGUAAAAAGGCUCACAUAAGAGAUGUCCACGUACAGUCUAUGAGGAAUAUAAAAUGCGCUUACUGCGGGGAAAAAUUUGAAACCUACAACGCAAGGUUCAAACAUUUGGCUGAUGUUCACGGAGUCAAAUUCACCAAGUGUUACUGUCAGGCUUGUGACCGCGUGUUUCCACGGAAGAGUGCUCUGACGACCCAUAUAAAGAGGAGCCAUUUGAUGGAACGCCCUCACCCAUGCUCGGAUUGCGAUAAAAGCUUCUUUUCCCGGAAAGAACUAGAAAACCAUAUGGUCAAACACUCCAGCGCUAAGGAGUUCAAAUGUAACGAAUGCCACAAAACCUUUGCGAGGUGGAAGACUUUAAGAGAACAUCUUCGUAUUCAUUUGAACGAGCGCCGUUUCAAAUGCGACCACUGCCAUCAGACGUUUGUGCAGAAGUGCAGUGCCCCACGCGUUACCGUGAAAAGAGAAUUCGUUAGCAUCGGCCCGCCAGACUUGCUAACCGAGCAAGGUAAAACUCCGCGAAAAGUGUCUAAAGCACGUCAAAAGCCUUCGAUUAAAGCUGAUCCCGACUUUGACACAGCGAAAACUACAAGCAGAAAAUUAUCUGCGCCCAAAGGUGAUAAAGGCAAACUCACAGAAAAAGCAGUCAAAGUUGAGAGAAAAUCUGCUACCGAAGAAAGCGAGAUAGAAAAGCAUAGGACUAACAUAAAAAAUGUACUGAAGUACUCAAAUGCGAGUCCAAUAAGAACUCACAGUGAUGUUGGGUACACCUGCGUUUAUUGCGAUGAUCACUACCAGGACCCGGCCGAUCUAAAACGUCAUUCAUUAGAUAAACAUGAUGGCAUAAGUUUUCUAAAAAACAUAAAAUCUUUCGCGCUAUUAGUCAAACUAGAUAUUACCGGGCUCUCUUGUAAAAUUUGUAAUGAAAACUUAGAUACUUUGGAAAUGCUCUUCAGCCAUCUUAGAGAUGUGCAUACUAAGACCAUUUACACUGAUAUUAAGAACCAGAUUCUACCGUUUAAGUUCGAUGGAAGUGUCCUACGGUGCUGGAUGUGUGCAAACGUUUUUCCAAACUUCAGACAUUUUCAAGACCACUUAAGGAAACACUAUAGGAACUACAUUUGCGAAGUAUGUGACGAAGGGUUUGUGAACAAGAAAGCUUUAACUAUCCACAGUUAUACACACAAAACCGGCGCAUUCAGUUGCGAGCAAUGCUCUAAAGUUUUCGACACGAUACAAAAGAAGAGAGUCCACGAGAAGAGAGUUCAUGACGUCCAUGUAGUCAAAUGCGGUUUUUGCACGGAAACCUUCAAGGGUUACAGGCAGAAAUUCAAGCAUUUGACAAAGAUACACGGAGUACCGUCUUCUACUUAUGCAUGUCAAGCUUGCAGCAGGGUUUUCGUGACUGCUAUAGGCCUAAAAGACCACAUAAGGAAAAUUCACCUAAUGGAAAGACGCCACAAAUGCCCAGAGUGUGAGAUGGCCUUCUACAAACAGGCACAACUGAAUGAGCAUAUGGUGAAACAUUCGGGGAAGAGACAGUUUCAAUGCAACGUGUGUCAGAAGACGUACCCUAGAAAGAAUGCGCUAAGGGAGCACCUGAGGAUCCACGCGAAUGAUCGCAAGUUCAAAUGUGAACAUUGCAUGCAGUCAUUUGUCCAGAAAUGUAACUGGCGCUGUCAUAUGCGCACCAAACAUGGGGAGAAGGUCUAA